GUGUUGUGUGCUGGUCUCCUUCCCUCCAAAUGACAUAAUUAAUUGGUCGUCUCGUUUUUUUUUAUUAUUUUAUAUCACAUCAGAAAACUCGCGAGUGAUACGCAGUGAGUGAGAGAGAGGCAAAAAGUGAAGAAUUUAGGAGAUUUAUAAUGGGACGGUUGGAGUUUAAAUCAGUCUGCGAGUGAUCUUGCGUGCGCUCGAAGGUGCGAUCGUUGUGCAGAAGCCGGGAAGAGUUUCGUUUGUUUAUCCGGACUUUCCAUAAAAUGCGUCUCGUGGAUUGCGCGGUGUUUGCAGUGUUCUUGUGCAAUAUGCACCGUAUAAAGAGCUGAUAAGAAAAAAGAAUUGUGCCACAACUACACAAAAAAAUAAACAUCAUCGCUUUGGCUAUAUUGUGGGUGAACCAAUUUAAAAGCUUUUUUUUCUUUUAAUUUUAUCAACAAUCCUUGGAUGUGAGAACCUUUCUUAUCACAAAGGAAUUUUUCCGGUGUAUGUGGUGAAGGGGAAAAUUCAGUAAGAACAUUUUCGCGCUGUGACAUUAAUGCGGAUUAAACACCAAGACGUUGAGAAAAGCAAAAGCUGAGAAAAAAAUUCUUCUAAUUCUUCUGGUGUGGUGAAAAUAGUGCGUGCAGAUCGCAAUUCCUGUCGCGUCCUCCUUCAAUUAUAUAAAUUUUAUAAUCUAUUUCUGUAAAUUGCGGGAAAAAAAGUGAAAUGAAGGAGACUUAAGCCUCACAACGCAUUUAUUUUCCCACUAAUUGGGUGGAUGUUUGCGCAUCGUGGCGGCGAUAUCAAGAAGGAAAGGGAAGAAAGAGAGACACAAUAAAGUGUAUAGUAAAGUGUUGAGUGAAAAAUACUUCAUCCAAAAAUAUUUUAAAUUAAAUUCUCACACCAAAGAGGUGGACGGUACAUCGGCAUACAAAUUACAUUGCUAAACGGACAGUGUUGUGUAUACGGCUCCAAUAUAACAUUUCACCGCGUGCGGAGAGAAGUUCAAAAUUAUCAUAUCAUCAAUGGACAUUUUAUACGGCAAAAUCUGUGUGUGGCUUCAGCCAGAAACACUGUGAGGUUCGAUGUUUACAAACAACUGAGCAAUGCGUAUUACUGUGGAUGAUUUUGUCCCGAAAGUGAGGAAAUUUACGAGAAAAUAGAGUGCAUUUACAUGCGUGAUUGCUGCAAAACAAUGAGCAACGUUCUGCAACCGAUGAUUCACAUUAAAUUGUUGGUCGUCUUAUUUGUCGUUUUGUGCACCACAACACUUCCCGUCGUUGGAGUUCCCGGUGAGAGGCCCCACCAAUUUGACUUCAGAUGCUUCCCACACACAGAUAAUGCAAAAUACCCGCGAUUUGCGUCAUCAAACAGAGAUCCAAUUUCCCUCCAGGUGACCUCAAGAGUAACGCAUCAGUUGCUCUCGCGCAUCUUUGCCAUCUUCCUGCGCGAAGUUCUCUUCUACGAAAAUGUAAAUCUCAUUGAGAAGCCACAAUUUCCGGAACAAAAUGAACACCAUCGGCUCUUCCUCAGUCUACUGCCGCUCUCCUCGAGGGUUGUCUGGCCAGAGCCAACGGUGGAUCUGGAAGUGUGGAUGCUGCCUGAUUUUCAUGUGAUUCCUGAUCAAGUUCGCGAUGCUGGAGCUGUGACAAGUUCUGGACGCUUUGGGUGGUUUAUACCAAAGAAAUUCAUCGAUAAAACUCAGCCGAUAACCUACAGGGACUUCCAGGGUACUGCUCAGGAUGCUGGAAAGACAUCCUUCCGACUGGCGAAUGGUGUACUUGAAGAAAUCCUUCCAAAAGCUGAAAAAUUCUGUGAUUUUAAUGGGACUAUGGCAACAAAAUGCUUCUAUUCUCCUGCCCAUUGCACCAGGAGGGAAUGCUCCUUAAUGGUAGCUCCUGAUUUUGAUACGACUGGCUUCAUAAUUCAUCACAUUGAGGAAUUCAAGUUUAACGUUCAAGUCCUCUUUUUGGGUGGAAAUUUCACAGAAGUCCUCAAUGGACUCCUUGCUGCAGGAUCUUCGAAAUUCCUUGUACUUCAUUGGACCCCAUCAGAUGCCAUUGAUGGGAAUACGGAGGAAUUUGAAGCAGUUGUGAUGCCAAAAUGUGAAAAUAUAGAGAGUAGUUCAGUGACUGGAUGCAAGUAUGAGUUGACACCACUUCUGAAAUUCUAUGCUCAGCAGCUUCAAUCUGCUGACUAUGCUAUUGUGGCUCUAAAUAAAUUCUACUUCCCCCGUGGUGCACUCCAGAGUUUACUGAAAAACUACACUCACGUUCAGCAUGGCGGGAAAUUGAUGAGCGAUGUACUUAACCACGUGGCCUGCUCGUGGAUGAAGACAAAUGAAGAAAUCUUUCAAAAGUGGAUCCCUGUGCGUGAACCCAAAGAAGACAUUUAUAUUGGUGGCAUUUUUCCCAUCACCAAAGCCAAUUCCAUUCACAAAUGCCUACCAGAUGCCUCGCGCCUGGCUGCGGAUGAUGUGAAUGCAGUAGAGGAUAUUUUGCCGAAUCAUCGAUUGGUUGUUCAACGACAGGAUGGGCAGUGUCGUACAGAUGCAGUGAUGAAGGCCUUUAUAAACUACUAUAUGCGCUGGGAGAGGGUUAUCGGGAUCCUCGGGCCUGCCUGCAGUGAAACAGUGGAACCUAUUGCUGGAGUUUCCAAGCACUUCCGCAUGGGAGUCAUCUCCUACUCAGCUGAGGGAGUUUCAUUCACAGAUCGCACCACAUACCCGUACUUUUUCCGCACAAUUGGGGAGAAUCAUCAAUUCCAGGAAGUUUAUCUCAACUUCUUCCGCCACAUGAAGUGGAGGCGUGUGGCUGCUAUCACGGUGGAUGGGCAAAAGUACACGGGUUACAUUUCACACAUGGAGACAAUGCUGAAGGCUAAUUAUAUUGAAUUGGCGGUCAAUAAGAAACUCUCCCACUCCCCGAGUCCCUCAAGUGUGCAUCAAGUGCUGCAGGAUCUCAAAACCACCACGAGGAUUCUUAUAGCCGAUGUGGAUGAUGCUGUUGCGAAGAUCCUUCUAUGUGAGGCAUUCAAACUCCACAUGACGGCUAAGAAUGGGUACGUGUGGUUCCUGCCGGUGUGGCUGGAGAAGCGAAAGAUUCUCAGUGAGAAUAGCACAAUUGAUUGCACCGAUAGGGAUCUCCUGGAAGCCUUCAAUGGACACUUCUCCCUUUCCUACGCACCCUUUGGUGAGGAUGAUCAAGUAAUUUCAACACUGAACACCUCAGUGAGUCAGUGGCAGAGUCAAUUCCACAAAGUCUGCCCCUCAGACACCCCCUACAGCUACGUGGGGUACACCUACGAUGCCGUCUGGGUGUAUGCCUACGCAUUGGAUCAACUUAUUAAGGAAAACUCAACGUACCUCAGUGAUCUCCAUUCGGAGCGGACAACAAAACGCUUCAUGGAGAUAAUUUGGAAUACGGAUUUUAUGGGAGUUUCAGGUCGAGUCAAGUUCUCAGACGGCGGCUCGCGCUUCCUGCCAAUCAACAUUAUCCAGUGGUUUGGGAAUUCAUCGCGUAUUGUUGGUGUUUCACAUCCCAAUGCCUCGUUAGAUUAUGGAGAUUCCCAGGAUGGCACAUUCUACCUCGAUGAAUCGCUGAUUGUGUGGCUCUCACCGCUGGGAAGACCCACAGAUGGGGUGGUUUUCUGUGGAUUGCAUUUGCUGGCGGAGGUUCUCAAUUCUGACUGUGAGACCAUCAACAUCAUUGCCAUCUCAUUGGCAUGCUUUGUAAUUGUCGUGCUCGUCUUCCUGGCGUCCUUCAUCUUCUGGCGUAAGCAGUAUAAUCGCAAAAUGAAGCUCUCAGCACGCUACAUGAGAAGCUUUGGGAUUGAUUUUAUGUCAACAGCCGGUGUACCGGAUCCGGGGAAUUCAUUGGAUAAAUGGGAAGUCGCCAAGGAGAGAAUAAUUGUUAAUAGAAAGCUCGGAGAGGGAGCUUUUGGAACAGUCUAUGGUGGAGAGAUGCUCGUUGCUGAGAACACAUGGAUUGCAGUUGCAGUGAAAACACUUAAAAGUGGAAGUUCCGUCGAGGAUCGAUUGGAUUUCCUCUCAGAGGCGGAAGCAAUGAAGAGAUUUGAUCAUGAGAAUGUUAUUAAAUUGCUGGGUGUAUGCCUCAAAUCCGAGCCAAUCUAUACAAUUCUGGAAUUUAUGCUUUACGGAGAUCUCAAAACUUUCCUCCUGGCGCGACGGCAUUUAGUGAAGAAUCGACAGAAUGACGAAUCAGAUGUCUCUUCGAGACGUCUCACCAUGAUGGCAAUGGACGUGGCGAGAGGUCUCUCCUACUUGGCUAGUCAGAAAUUUGUCCAUCGCGAUGUGGCAUGUCGGAAUUGUCUGGUGAAUGCUCAAAGGGUGGUCAAGUUGGCUGAUUUCGGCAUGGCAAGACCAACAUUUGACAAUGAUUACUACAAAUUCAACCGGAAGGGACUCCUGCCCAUUAGAUGGAUGUCUCCGGAAUCUCUGGGAUUGGGUCUAUUUACUCCUGCAUCGGAUAUCUGGUCAUAUGGGAUUCUCCUGUAUGAGAUUCUCACCUGUGGCUCGUUCCCGUAUCAAGGAUUAAAUAAUAUGCAAGUGCUGGAACACGUCAAGGCGGGAAAAAUCCUCAAAAUCCCACCGAGAGUGAAGCCUCAGCUGCGACAUUUGAUGCACAGAUGUUGGGUGCUGGACUACAAGAAACGCCCAACCGCUCCGGAGAUUGUUGAGUACAUCUCAAACCAUCCACGGCUCAUUAUUCCCUGUUUGGAUGUUCCCACGUCAUCUGUGGGCACAAUGGAACCCCAUUCGUACAUUGGAAACAUCUCUGGGAGUAUUUCGGCAAAGAGGGCAAAUGAAAUGAUGACUUUCAAUGAUUUCAGCACCCUCAAUAGGCGCUUCAAUCGAAGAUUCCGUGGCAUGCGAGGGCGUCUGAAGGAGUGUAACCCCAUUGAGCCCCUCCUGUCCAUUCAGGAGGAAUCAAUGGAGAGCAUACCAAAUGAAUGCAAUAUGCGACGCUACGUGUCAAUGGAUGAACUUGCCAAAUCCCGCAGCAGCCUAAGCACAAGUGAUAUCUAACAACAGGGUAUUAGUUCUGUAUACAAGUUGAUUUUACCUCAUUUUUGGGGGCGCUGGUUAGCCCCUUUGUGUGCUCAAGUGGAAGUACAACCAUUCAACAUGUGAAUGAUCUUCAAAGGACUUUAUUGUUAUCGUGAUAUAUUGUUAAAUAAAAAUGUUUCCCUCCUCCUGAAA